AUGCCAACAGGCCUAGGCAGGCACAUUAAACAGCUCCUCUACAAAGAUAUGAGAGACCAAAUGAAACAGAUCACAGAUUCUAUCUCAUUUUUCCCUGGAGUUUCCUCCCAUUUAUUUGAUGAUGCUGAUGCUGAUGCCAACGCUAACUAUGUGAGUGUGAUUUGUCGAGUGUGCAACCUCUCACUCCCCUUCCAUGGGUGUCUCCUAGACUUCGGAACCUGCAGAACAACACCCGGUCAGUUUUGUAUCAAAGAGAUCCACACCAAACUUGGCAUUCAGUGGUAUUCCGUGAAAGGCUGCACAAGGAACCAGAGUGAGUGUUUCAGGAGAAUUGUGUCAACAUAUGCAGUUCUGUCAACUCAUUGCUGCCAUAAACCUUUCUGCAAUUUCUGA